UUCUCUCUGCCGUUUAUGGCUUAUAUAUGUACUUCUUCAGACAUUGCCCAAAUCAUACAGUCACCGAUCAAAGUCUUCCUCACAAUAUGUGUCAUUGUAAAUAUCAUCCAGUCGUCCUUACCCAAACUUUCUUUUAUCAGACAAAUCCAAGGAUUCUAGUCUUUUUUCAUAUCUAUCCUCUGCUUACUACAUGUUAAAGUCACGCUGAUGUUCAUAUGGUUGGAGGACAGUUUGUGUUCCCCUCUACCCCCGGGAGAAGCCUUCAGCCACCCCAGGCACACUCCUCCCACAUCAACAGACCACACACAGCUCGUUCCCUGACCGGUCGACCUUCCGCUCCUAGUGCAACCAUCACUUCCUCCUCACAGAGAACUCCGAACCCGACCUCAGCCGAAUCUUCCACCACCUCCAACAGUCUGACAAUCUCUUCCGUACCGGGAUUUAACAGAAUGCCCGUACCUGCCUCGUUUCUACAAUACCCAGGCGCGUUUUAUCCGGCUUUUCAAAGUGGAAAUGCAGGUGAACUUAAACAAUUCAGCAUGACACAACUACAGGCUUUCAACGCACAGGCCACAUUUCCUACAGAUCUUUCAAAAGUGAAAACGCCUAUCAUAAAUAGAAACUAUCUAGAGCUGGCGAUGCUUGUCUGCAACACGUUCCGAGGGAAACUCUUCCCCUGUCCUCAUUGUCGUUACGUCACAGACCGACGAAACAACCUUAAACGCCACAUAUCUACCAUGCAUCAAACAUGUGACAAAGUGCUGGAGUGUUGCGGGGUAACGUUUGGAACAAAGGCGUCGCUAAGGGAACACAUCAUGAUAUUUCAUCACAAUGGCUACUCCUGUCCCUACUGCGGACGUCGAUUUUGCCGGAAAGCUUUACUGAAGCGCCAUCUAUCGGUUCACAGUGGCCAGAAGGACUUUUCUUGCCCCCAUUGUGAUUAUGCCACUAGUCACAAAAGUAACUUGGAGCGACAUAAACGCAUCCACGAAAGAUUACGGUCUUUGGACGAGAAUAAGACUUCUUUCGACGGCAUGGAAGGGCUUUGUGAACAGACUCCAGUGUCUUCCGCUUCUUCCAUACGUCAGCAUCACGAUCCCGACGAAAAACUGUUUCAACAAACCAUCGAUAUAGAGGAUUCAGAAAUUUCAGACAAUGAGGAGAUAAAUGUUACGUCGACAGAAGAUGAAAUAGAUGUAUGAAUGAAACAGUUUAUUUAAUUUCAUUGUUAAGAUUUUUAAAAUGUUCACCCUUAUCUGACACUACCACUUCACAAUUUACCCGUUGUACUUUUAUGUUAGAGAAGCAAUAGAUGUUUAACUCGUUUUUACACAUUAACUUUAUUCACCAAUUUGGAAUAAUUGUGUUACAUAAAGAUACUAUUUAGUUAUUAAUCGCACUUUCAACGAUCAAUUAUAACUGUUUUAAAGUAGUAUUUUUACAACUUUGAUAUGAUUUUUUAUUAAUUGAAUGAGCAACUUUAUUAAAACGAAACGUGUCAUCCUAAGAAAGAACUUUACAGGAAGUUUUAUAUUGCGACAACCGCAUGACGUCCUAAUUUACGACUUGUUUGCAACAUUCACAUGACGCCCUGAUUUAUGGCAUAUUUGUACCCGUUCAGUUCGGAAGCAUGCGGUUUUGCGAGCCUCUCGACUCAAUGAAAAUAAAAAGACUUAACAAACGGCGUCUUUAACCUAAAAAAGAAUCAUUUAAAACUGUAAUACAUACAGCCAACAUAAAAAUCAGACUCUCGGCAUUUCUUGCCGACAUAAAGUUAGAAGUUAUGAAAAGAAAGGAACUCGGUAGAGAGAUGGCGCCAUCAGCCUUAUCAAGAAAAUCAUAGAAAAUGGGUUGAUGACAAUGUUUUUGUAAGCAAUACUACUUUCGACCUAAUAUACAUUUUAAUUUUAUCUCAGUUUUAAAUGCCGUUCUCUUGAUAUGAUAUCGUUAACAAUUUAGUAGUUAAAACUCCCCUAUUGGGUUUAUUUAAAUUAACGUGACUGUGAACAAAAUCAGGCCGAAUAAAAACCUUUCAAGGGGCAUGGUCACGAUUUUAUUCAAUUUUUUUUUAUUAAGGCAUUUUUGAUAGGCAACCCAAAUUUGAAUGUCAUUUGUUGAGUUACAAGCGAGUUACAGAGCUUACAAUUCAUCGCUACGUAAACAAAGCGUUUGUUUACAUUUUGAAUGUUGAAGUGAAAAUUCCAGUUUUAGACCUAAAAUGAAUGUGUUGAUCGUUAGGAACUGUUUAUUUAUGCUUAAAAUGAAUAAGAAUGUCGAAAAAUCAUCUUGAAAAAGAUUUUUACUGGUAUAUUGAACCUUUGUUAACAAAAACAGGGCCCGAGCCUUGUUUACAUGACGAAGAUUUGUGUGCCCUGUAUAUGCUUAAAACUCAUCGAUAUCAAAAUCAACUAAAUAUGUAAUUAAAAAAUAUAAACAAAAAAAGGUCUCACAACGCCCACCCCAAAUACUUGUAUAAAACUUAAAAAAAUCAAUGAUUAUUAUCAAAUACUUAAAAGGGAACUUUUGACAUUUUAGAAUAACUAUUGUAUGAUUUGAGUUAACACAAGAUUUUUAACAAAAUAUUGGUAAAAAAGUAUUGGU